AGGAAGCGGCACCGAUGGAAGGGAGAGGAGACAGGGCGCUGUGACCAGUGCCACGUUCUGAGGGCUGCGGGUGCCUUAAAGCGCCGCCGUCAAUCCCCGACGGGACUGCAGCGGGGACCAGUACCAGGGAAGGAGAGCACCGGAUAAAUACGGCGUGAUCAGAUGUACGUGGAGGGUAUUGCAAUGGCUGUCACGGUAAAAGAAUGCCUGGAGCUGCAGCUGCUGGAAGUGGAAAUGCUGCUUUCGAUGUUUCCCAAAAGAGGGGAGUUCAGCGUGGAUGCGGAUGCCGUGCCCAGCAUCCAGCGCUACCUGAGGAAUGCUGACGGAGCCCUGCCCCCGCAGCUGGAAUACCGCAUCGCGCUCGAUGUCGGGGAGGCGAAGGUAAAGGUGGAAUUGCAGGUUCUCCUUCCUCAUACGUACCCUCAGGUGGCUCCCCAGCUCUUUGCCAGAUCAGAUGCUCUGCACAGACAGCAGCAGCUGCAGCUCAACACUCAGCUGGCGUCUCACAUCAGCUCCCUGGGCUCAGGGGAUCUGUGUGUGUGUGAGGCUGUGCAGUGGGUGAAGGACAACAGCCUGCCUUUCUUGGAGAAUGGUGAGGCCUCCUCUGAGCAUGCUUCUAAAGAGGUCAGGGUUAGGGAGGUGCUGCAUCGCAUGUGGAUCUACAGUCAUCACAUAUACAGGCAGGAACUGAGGAAAAAGAUCUUUGACUGUGCCAGGAAGUUAAAUCUGACUGGCUUCUGCCUGACUGGGAAACCUGGUGUCAUCUGUGUGGAGGGACUCCGAGAACACUGUGACGAGUUCUGGCGUGUUAUUAGGUAUCCCAGCUGGAAGCACAUUUCAUGCAAGCACGUGGAGAAUGUAGAAACGGAGGGAAGCAUUGAUAGCAUUCGUCUCUUUCACAGUUUUGAAGACCUGCAGUUUCAGGCACAUGGUGAUUAUGGCCUGAGGAAUGACUAUCACAUGGAUCUUGGCCAGUUUCUAGAAUUCCUGAAACAGCAUCAAAGUGGACACAUUUUUCAAAUUUUAUUUGGUGUUGAAGGCAAACUUUCAGACAAUUGAAACUGUUUAUAAAGAGUUCUAAUUCUGGAGAACCAGAAUUGUUGCUAACACUGAAAUAUUUUGUCUUACAGCUACUAUGAAAAGGGAAACUUUAACAUGUGAGGUGAAUGGUUCAAAUAGUUAAUCUCAGCUUUCGUGCUUGACUGCCACGUAUUUUUGAGACGUGUUCACUGAUUUUCUAAGACUCUAAACUGGCCAUGCCUCAGAGCACUUGCAAGGUGAUAAACAUUCCAGGGUUAGGAAUUAUACACUUCUGUCUCUUCAUCUGUACUGUGAUGUGUGAAUUGCUUCCCAUCUCAUCUCAGCCUACUGUCUUUCAGUUUAAAACAUUCCCCCCUUGUCCUGUCACUACAAGCGCUUGUAAAGAAGUCCCUUUCCUGCCUUCUUGUAGGCUCCUUUCAGCUACUAAAAAAUGCCAUAAGGUCUUGCCUAAGCCUUUUCUUCUCCAGGCUGAACAAUCCCAAUUCUCUCAGCCAGUUGUCAUAGGAGAGCUGCUCCAGCCAUCUGAUUAUUUUUUGUGGCCCUCUGGACUUCAUGUUCAUGUUCCUUUUAUGUUCAGGUCCCAGAGCUGGAUGCAGUGGUGCAUUUGAGGUCUCACAAAAGGGGAGCAGAAGGUGAGAAUCACCUCCCUCUGGUCAUGCUGCUUUUGAUGCAGCCUGGAAUACAGUUGGCUUUCUUGGUUUCAAGAGCACAUCACUGGCUCAUGUUGAGCUUCUUGUCCCUCUCCUCAGAGCUGCUCUCAGUCCAUUCUCCACCGGGUCUGUUUGUGCCUGGGAUUGCCCCGACCCAGGGGCAGGAUCUUGCACUUGGCCUUGAACACCACGAGGCUUGCACAGACCCACCUCUCCAGAUAACUCCCCUUCCCUCCAGUGUGUCGACUGCUGCUUGGUGCCACCAGCACACCUGCUGAGGGUGCAGGGGGUCCCACUGCCCGUGUCACCCACAACAGCGUUAAUGCCACCCCUGAGGAACGUCACUGUCACUGGUCUACACCUGGACAUGGAGCCAUUGCCUGCAGCUCUUUGCAGCCAACCAUCCUCACCUACCGAGUGAUUCAUCCAUCAGAUCCAUGUCUCUUCAAUUUACAGACAAGGAUGUCAUACAGCAAAGUGUCUGUCUGGUUAUGUUAAUUUUCCAUCUCUUCAAUUCAUGGCAUUUUAUGUUUACCCUGUUAGGCCAAACACCUUGGAAAUGAAAAUGGGUUAGAUGAGACAAAGUUUAGUUUUGCCCUCUACAUUACAUAAGGAAAUACAUGUAAAAUACAGAAAAUAGGAAAAAAACCCUAUAUAUAUUUAAUAUGACAUAAAAAUACAAAUAACUGGAAGAAUCCUUUCUAUGUCAGAGAAUUUUCCAGCAGCUGUAAGAGGCAAUGCUGUUGAUGGUUCAUUAGGCAGCGUUUGCCUGCAGGGGAGUGUGCUGAGCGUGGAUGUGGAUAGUGAGUGUUCCAGUUUGUAGUGCAUGCUCAUAUUUAAAGGUCAUCAAUGCAGUAUGUAGUUGAAGAACACUACUGCAGAGUCCCCAGCAGCUGUGCUUUGAAGGACCACGAGCCCACCACCCUCUGUGCCUGAGUGCCUUAGGUGAAAAUGGGUACCCAGCAAUAAAGGCAGACUCACUGCUGGCUGCAGAGGUCUGGCGGAUUGACUCCAACACCCAGGAGCUCAACAGCAGCUCUUCAAAGACUGUGUCAGCACACUCAGCUGAUGACAAUAUCAAUAACAGAUAUAAUUUUAUUUCAAAUGAAACACGAGGAAAUGUAUUAAUACCCUUCUCACAAAUAGCAAUACAUUGAAAUGCAGAGGAUGGCAUUGAAUGCAGAGUGUUUCUGGUUGCUUGAUUUUCCUUCACUGUGGUAAAGUGUACUGUUUGUGUGAUAACUUCUGCCAAAAGCACAGUGAGGCAAAAAUGUUGACAUGUUCCCAUUAGGCAGUGAGAGAGAAAGAAUCUCUAUUUCUGAAUUUGGGACGUGAGAUCUGCAGCUGUGACAGAGCUAGACAAAUAAUAUUUGGUUAUCUAUAGAUAAUAUCUCUAAUAAAGAUUGCAGAGAAACAGAUAGUAGAAAAAAUGUUCAAGUAACCUUUGUUUCCAGAACCAUCCACAAAAUAUAUUACAUUUUUCUUGGAGUGUUAAUUAUUUAACAACUUAUAAUACCUCAAAGUCUAUUCCUGGCAUUUUGAUACUCCCUUUUUGUCAAGAACACAGAGUUCAAAAAAUUAGGCCAAACAUUUGCAAUGGAUCAGAGCAGUGGUUAUCUUGGUGAGGGAAUGAAAUCCUUCGUCUUAAACAGGACAUUACCUUAAUUUAUGUUAAAUUUUACUAAUGGUAAAUGUUAUUGUUAGUAAAGUUAAAAUGUUCUAAUUAGAUGUUGAACAAAAGAUUCUGCAGGUUUGGUUCUUUCCGAAAAUUUUCGUUUCAUAACUCCACACAAGAGUGACCAGUAAGGAUUUUCUCUGGAAUAAAAUAUUCUAACCUUAUGGUUGUUUAAAGUUUGGGAUUUUUUUAAAAUAAUAGGUUCACAGAUUAUGCAAAUUACACUGUGACUGUAAUGGAUAAAACAUCAAAU